UGUAUUAACCACACUUUUUUUAUAAGAAUCUAUUUACUUUUAACACUUUUGAUAUCUUAUCUAUCUUUGCAGAUAUUAUAGGUGUUGUGCAUGAGAUCAACAAUAUACAAUCAAACACCCCCGGGAAGAAGACAUUUGUUGCCCUCAGUCUGAAAGAUUUGAGGUAUAUUUUCUUCAGUAAAUACACCUUCAGAUAUGAAUGUUUCGAUGUAUAAUUUUAUUAACUAAUUUUUUUUAAAUCUCAGUGGUAACAUUGUUAGCUGCACAUUAUGGGAGAACUAUGGAUCUAAGUUUUUGGAUUACUAUAAUGACCCAAAUAAUAGCGGUGCUAUUGUCGUCAUACUAACCCAUGCAAUGAUAAAGGAAUCCCAGGUAUCCAGUGCAUGGAGUGGUUCUAAGCUGCUGAUCAAUGAAGACAUCCCUGAGAUUUCCGAGUUUUUAUCAAAGUUGCCUGCGAAUGAGCAAAAUCAAAAGCCUUCCCAAUCUGCUAAAUCUAUGUCUCUUUGGUCUGGUGGAUCUCAGUUUACAACACUUGAAAAAUUUGUUCAUAAGGCAAAGUGCAUUCCUUUGAGUGAACUAACCAAAAUCAAACAAGUAUAUCUCAAAACAAGUGUUUUUCAAUAUUUGCUAAAUCUCAAAUCAAGUGAUUUUGCAGUUAUCUAUAUGGAUUUCUAUUUUUUUUUUAUUUAGGACAUGUUAUGUGUGACCGUUGGAACUACUGUUAAAUUUUAUGUAUCCAAGCAUGGUUGGUUCUACUAUGGUUGUACAAAGUGCUCUGUCAAGGCUACUGAUUUGAACAAUCCAUACAAGUGUGUCUGUGGCGAAAAUGUUAACAAACCCAUACCAAGGUUGUUUGUUAUAAUAUUAUGUAUUUAUGACAGUUUAAUGCUUUUUGGUUAUGAUCACUCAUUUUAAUCAAGUGUAUUUAUCUAACUGGUACAAAGUUGAUAUAUACGUUUAUGACGGUGAAUCAAAGUUCUGAUUUGUAUUUUGGGAUGCCGACUGUGAGCAUAUAAUAGGACAAUCUGCUGAUAGCAUGCAUAAAUCAAUGUUGGAGGUAGGUUUUUAUUAUAUUCGCUCAUUAUUAAGAAAUAUUAUAUCUAUCUAACAUGUAAUUUCAAUUUUAGAAUGGUUAAGAUGAUCCCAUGGUUUAUCCUGAUGAGCUUGACAUCUUAUUGGAAAAGAAAAUGGCUUUGAGAGCUAAGGUACAACCAACCUUUGGGCAAGCAUCUGUUUGGAAGUUGUCGUACGAUGAAGAAUUUGUCAACCAAAUUGAAAAGGAUUAUAUUGCU